AUCAGUGUUCAAAACAAUAGUUGAAGUUCCGCCUGUCUGGCGCCGUGUCCUCAUGAAGAUGUCUCAAAGUAAUCCCGACAAAGACGACCACACGUCUAGCAAUAAAAAGACAAUCUCCCUCCCGAUAUCCAGAGUGAGGCUCAUCAUGAAGAGCUCCCCGGAUGUCUCCAGCAUCAACCAGGACGCUCUUUUCCUCACCACCAAGGCGACAGAGCUGUUUGUCCAGCACCUGGCUCUCGCCUCAUUCAACAACGGAUCCGGGAAGGAAACCAACACCUUGUCUUACAGUGACCUGGCUAACACCGCGGAGGAGACAGAGACCUUCCACUUUCUAACAGAUAUCCUGCCUAAGAAGAUCUUGGCUCGAGAUUACCUCAAGUCUUUGGAGCAAAUGCAAGAAGAGGACGCUGACUUUUAGAGAGGACACCGGCUGCAUUUCACGUCGGGACAGAUCAAGUGUACACGUUCUGCCAUUCUUUGAAAAUAAAGUGAGUGGCAGAAGAGACACCCUGAACUUUCUCAGUGCUUUUAAAUACACCGACAGAGUUCAGUUGUAGGGCUUGUGGAAAAAGUUAAUGGGCGUGGAAUUGGAAGUAAUACCACACAGAGCUAAUGUGAAAUCAAGUGAAGGCUCACAGAUCAAGUUUAAACACACACAGGUUCAGAGGGAACUAGAAGUUGUACCGUAUAUAUCUAUGAUAAAUAAUUGGUGCCAGCAAGCUAAAUUUGUAUUAAUGGCCUAAACAAAGCAGCCUUAGAUGAAUCGUAAUGCAAUCACCCCUUAAGUUUUCUUCAGAAUUGAUUACCUCUACAAAGACAAUAUUUUUGUGUAGGCAAAAGUACUGUUGUUGCUCAUAAAUGAUGCACUUGAACAUUUUUACGAUUUCAGAGUGAUUUACUAAACUAUCUUUUAAGGUUUUUCUGGUCGCAAUGUCUUUAUAAAUGGAGCUAGUUUUUGCAUGCAUAACCAUUAGGAGGAAUGAAUUGGUUUUCCUUAACAGCUUGCAGGCUCCCUUCAUGUAAAAGACCAAGAAUUCAUUCCACACAGCUGGAACACAGAUGUUGUAGCUCCUGACUUAUUAUUGCCUUUAAAAUAUGAUUGGGUGAACACUCUAUUUUACAGACGCUGUGAAGCAUUGAUUUCCAAGUGACGUUAGGGAUUCUAAGUUAUACUUGAUGCUGUAUUUUUUUUUUUUUUAAAAGAUAUUGUCAUGUUUGAGUUGUGAGUAGAUGAUCAUAAAUACUUGAAAGUUGUUUGAACCAAUCGAAAGUACAAAUACCUCUGUUUUCCAGUUUAACUACAAAGCAGCCGAACAUGCUGUGUCUCUUCCAAAUGAAAAUUCACACUCCACCUAACAGAAGUGAAUAUUUGAAGUGUAUAUAACAGCUGACCACCUUUCAAGGCAUCUUCCUCAUAUAUUUGCGAAUUUGCUGUUUAGAUUUGAUAUUAAAAUAAAGCAAGUUAAACAAGUCA